AUGACUCCUACUCCUUCCAUUUUUUUUAGACUUUUUAAAACCUUCCGAGACAACAAGUUCGUUUACAUGCUGAUGGAAUUCUGUCCUGGUGGGGAACUGUGGACGGUUCUCCGAGAUAGACGCGCCUUCGAUGAUAAAUUGACCCGGUUUAGUUUGGCUUGUGUUAUUGAAGCUUUUGAUUAUCUCCAUCAUCAUGGUAUUAUUUACCGUGAUUUGAAACCCGAAAAUAUGCUUCUCACCGCAAAUGGUUACAUUACACUAUGUGAUUUCGGCUUUGCUAAGCGUCUUGGAGCCCAACGAAAGACCUGGACUUUCUGUGGUACUCCUGAAUACGUUGCUCCUGAAGUUAUUCUUAACAAGGGUCACGAUUUCGCUGCUGAUUACUGGUCUUUGGGUAUCCUGACCUGUGAAUUGCUGAUGGGAACACCGCCAUUCCAAGCUUCGGAACCAAUCAAGAUCUACAUGAAAGCCCUUAGAGGCAUUGAAGCGUAUGAUCUAAGUCACCAUAAGAAUAUCAGUGUGAAGGCAUACCAGUUUAUCAAACGUCUUUGUCGAAAUACCCCAACCGAGCGACUUGGUAUGGGUCGCCAAGGCAUUCAAGAAAUCCGAAACCAAAAAUACUUCCAAGGCUUCGAUUGGGAUGGUGUUAGGAAUCGAACACUUCAGUCACCGUUCCAUCCGAAGAUUAAUGGUCCUGCCGAUUUCAGCAAUUUCGAUCAAUUCCCAGCUACGGAUGAUGUACCACCUGAUGAAAUGUCAGGUUGGGAUAAGGACUUCUAG